UGGUGAAAGCUUUUAUCUUUUCACGAGCCGGGGAGAGAUUUCUUGAGGGGUCUACAGACCUCGUAUAUUCAAGAUGGAGGAGCAAUCCAACAGGGCGCAUCGCCCUGCUAAAGAGAAAAAGAAGUACGACGGCCCGAAUCCGAAGGCUUUCGCGUUCUCGAACCCUGGCAAAUCGAAUAAGGCCGGCGCAAGAUCUCACGAUAUUAAAGAGAAGAGACUCCAUGUGCCUCUUGUUGAUCGCCUGCCCGAGGAGGCUCCGCCGCUCGUGGUGGCUAUUGUUGGCCCACCGGGGGUUGGAAAAACGACCCUUAUCAAGUCCUUGAUCCGUCGAUACACAAAGCAGACCCUCAGUACCCCUAAGGGACCGUUGACUGUUGUAACCUCAAAACGGCGCCGCCUUACCUUCCUAGAAUGCCCCUCCGACUCCCUCGCCAGCAUGGUCGAUGUGGCUAAGAUCGCGGAUAUUGUGCUUCUGAUGAUCGACGGAAACUAUGGCUUCGAGAUGGAGACUAUGGAGUUCUUGAACGUUUUGGGCUCUCACGGUAUGCCCGGAAAUGUGUUCGGUAUCCUGACCCACUUGGACCUUUUCAAAAAGCAGAGCACCCUGCGUGCUGCCAAGAAACGCCUCAAGCAUCGUUUCUGGAGCGAGCUGUACAACGGUGCCAAGCUUUUCUACCUUUCCGGAGUCGUCAAUGGCCGCUACCCCGACCGUGAAGUGCACAACUUGUCCCGCUUCUUGUCUGUCAUGAAGAACCCGAGACCGCUCAUCUGGCGCAACUCUCACCCUUACGCCCUCGCAGAUCGAUUCCUCGACAUCACGCCGCCUACCCAGAUUGAAGAAAACCCGAAGUGUGAUCGGACGAUAGCGCUCUAUGGUUACCUACGAGGCACCAACUUUCCGGCUUCUGGUGCGCGCGUGCAUGUUCCUGGUGUGGGUGACUUGACUGUUUCUGGCAUCGAGUCUCUCCCCGACCCAUGCCCAACACCUUAUAUGGAUCAGCAGUUGGCUAAAGCUACCGGCAAGAAUAGCAAGCGCAGGCUGGGAGAGAAGCAGAAGUUGCUUUUUGCUCCUAUGUCCGACGUCGGUGGUGUCUUGGUUGACAAGGAUGCUGUUUACAUCGAUGUGAAGACCUCGAACUUUGAUCGUGGCGAGGAAUCCGACGAUGAGGAGCGUGGUCUGGGAGAGCAAUUGGUCGUCGGUCUUCAAGGAGAGCGUAAACUUUUGGGUGAGGCAGACAGUGGUGUUCGUUUGUUCCGCGGCGGUGGUGCCAUCGGAAAGGCAGAUGACGAGGAUGAAGCUGUCGGCAGGAAGCACAAGCGAAACGUUCGAUUCCUGGACGGCGAACAGGACAAUCAGGAUGCGGCGGACGAUGAUGAAGGCUUCGAAAGCGAAGAGGGCGAAGAGGACGAGGAGGACAUCGAGCAAGAUGAGGAAGAGGACCUGAGCGGUGAUGAGGAAGAGGUCGACGCUUCCGCACCGCCAGAUUUCGAGGCCAACUUCAAGGAAAGACAAAACGGCAAUGCUCAUCAGAAAGAGGACGACAUCGCUUUUGCCGACAGUGACUCCGACCUUGGUUCCAUCUCGUCAGUAGAGGAUCAGGUCCUCGAUAGCGACGAGGACGACGAAGACGAAGACGGUGAAGAUGAUGGCGAGGUCCGUUGGAAGGAUAACAUGCUUGCCAAUGCGAAGGCCCUCCAUUCGAAGCGUCCUAAGUACCGUGUCCCUGACUUGUCACGCAUGCUUUACGAUGAAACCAUCACACCUGCAGAUGUGAUCCGCCGAUGGAGUGGUAAGGAGGAGGCCGACAGAGAUGACGAUGAAGAGCCUGAAGAGGACGAAGAUGCCUUCUUCAGGAAGACAAACGUUGAGGAAGAGGAAGCUGCAGAGUACCGUGCUGUUCCUGAGUAUGACUACGCCAAACUAGAAGCCAAAUGGCAAGAUGCGGACAUGAUUGAAUCCUUGCGGCAGCGCUUUGUCAGUGCCAAACUGUCUGGUGGCGACGACGAUGAUUCGGAUGUCGAUGAUGCCUUUGAUGAGGAUGACGAGGGUGACGGAGAGUUUGAAGAUUUGGAGACCGGUGAAGCUUUCGACGGAUUCUCUGACGAAGAAGGCGCCGAGGAUGAUGAAGCUGCAGAGCCCGAAGGCCCCGUCGACUUGGAUGCAGAGCGAGAACGUAAUGCGAAGAAGAAGGAAGAAUUGAGGCUGCGCUUCGAGGAAGAAGACCGUGAAGGAUUCGCUAACUCCAAGGACAACUCCCGGCAGGCCGGUGGUGGAGAAGAAGAAUUCGGAGAGGACGAGUGGUACGAUAUGCAGAAGGCCAAGCUCCAGAAGCAGAUCGACAUCAACCGUGCUGAAUUCGAUAUGCUUGACCCGGCCUCGAGGGCCCGUGCGGAAGGUUUCAAGGCUGGUACUUAUGCACGUAUCGUGCUUGAGAACGUUCCUUGCGAAUUCGCAACCAAGUUCAACCCCCGCUUCCCUGUGAUUGUGGGUGGACUGGCCCCGACUGAAGACAGAUUCGGUUAUGUGCAGAUCCGCAUCAAGAGGCAUCGUUGGCAUAAGAAAAUCCUGAAGAGCAACGAUCCUCUUAUCUUCUCUCUCGGUUGGCGCCGCUUCCAGUCCCUGCCGAUAUACAGCACUUCGGACAGUCGAACCCGUAACCGCAUGCUCAAGUACACUCCCGAACACAUGCACUGCUUUGGUACCUUCUACGGGCCUCUUGUUGCACCUAACACCGGUUUCUGCUGUCUGCAAUCAUUCUCGAACAAGACCCCGGGAUUCCGCAUCGCUGCUACAGGUGUCGUCCUGAGCGUCGACGAGCACACGGAGAUUGUCAAGAAGCUUAAGCUGACUGGUGUACCCUACAAGAUCUUCAAGAACACCGCUUUCAUCAAGGACAUGUUCAACUCAUCUAUUGAAAUCGCCAAAUUUGAAGGAGCUUCCAUCCGGACUGUAUCUGGUAUUCGUGGUCAGAUCAAACGCGCUCUCAGCAAGCCCGAGGGUUACUUUCGUGCUACCUUCGAGGACAAGAUUCUCAUGAGUGAUAUCGUCUUCCUUCGCGCAUGGUACCCGAUCAAGCCCCACCGCUUCUACAACCCUGUCACCAACUUGCUGGAUCUGGACGAGGACGGUGUCGGUGACAACGGCUGGAAGGCUAUGCGUCUCACUGGUGAAGUCCGUCGUGAAAAGGGAAUUCCUACUCCUAUGAACAAGGACUCAGCUUACCGCGCCAUUGAGCGCCCCGAGCGUCACUUCAACCCUCUUCGUGUGCCACGCCAGCUGGCGGCUGACCUUCCCUUCAAGUCCCAAAUCACGAAGAUGAAGGGUCGGAAGGACAAGACUUACAUGCAGAAGCGUGCUGUGGUCCUGGGUGGUGAAGAGAAGAAGGCACGAGAUCUCAUGCAGAAGCUUAAUACCAUGCGUAAUGAGAAGCAGGCCAAGCGUGCGGCCAAGCAGGAGGAACGGCGCCAGGUGUAUCGUGCCAAGGUUGCGGAGGGUCUGGAAAAGAAGGCCGAGCGGGAGAAGAGAGAACGGGAUGAAUACUGGCGCCGAGAAGGUAAGAAGCGCAAGAACCAGGACGGUGAAGGUGGCGGGGGUAAGAAGCGCAAGUAAGGCAACGCUUCCUGCAACGGCAUGUUUUUGGGAUCUCUACCGGAUGUUAAAAGUUUACUGUGAAUAUGGUCGAUGUGUAUCUAUCUACAUGUUGCAUGGUGGAUGGCGUUGAAUCUUACCCGACUAUAGCGUCGGACUUCUUAUUUCUCUUAUUGGAUUAUUGUUAUUAUGUGGAUAUAUUGAUGCUCUAUACCAG